CGCCGUGGCUCUUGACGGGGACAGGGCUGCCGAAGGCCCUGCGCAGGGCUCCUUUCAGUUUUUCGGGGGUCGAGGGGUCAGUGUCAAUAACCUGAGAGGGUUUUUUAGUAGCCGAAUCGGAUCUGCCCUACCAGACACAGGUCAAUGGCGGAGGCACUGAACUGAACUGCACCCCGACCCCACGCGAAGAAAAUCGGAAAAUGGUGAAUGUGAUUGAGAAAUUUUACCGGGAAUCGUGAGCGGCGAAAAAGACACGAUAAGGAGGAUAUGGAUUGGGCCUGGUGCGACGACAUAAUACGAAAGGAGGCAAAUCUAUUUGAUUAGGUCGAGUUUUAAGCCGCCAUGCCUCCCAGGAUACCGUUACUAAACCUCGAGUUCUCCGAACUCAAGGAAAUAGUAUGGGCGAAGCUCCAGGAGCCGCGCUAUCAGCGCAAGUUGGUGUUGGUGAUCGUCUCCAUAGCCCUGCUAUUGGAUAACAUGUUGUACAUGGUAAUUGUGCCCAUUAUACCGGACUACUUGCGGUAUAUAGGGGCGUAUUCGGAUGAGAACCCCCCGAUUCCGGGAAACGUGACAGUGCCCCCUGGGACUCCCUUCAAACACGACCACCAUGGCCAGGACUCGGCUACCGGCAUCCUCUUCGCUUCCAAAGCCAUCGUGCAACUGAUGGUAAACCCUUUCUCAGGGGCGCUCAUCGACCGCAUAGGAUACGACAUACCCAUGAUGAUCGGGCUGUGCAUUAUGUUCUUGAGCACGGCCGUCUUCGCAUGCGGCAGAAGCUAUGGCCUCCUCUUCUUCGCAAGGAGCUUGCAGGGAGUGGGGUCCGCCUUCGCAGACACUUCCGGUCUCGCCAUGAUAGCGGACCGUUUCAACGAAGAAUCGGAACGCUCCCAGGCGCUGGGCAUAGCGUUGGCUUUCAUCAGUUUCGGGUGUCUCGUAGCGCCCCCAUUCGGCGGCGCGUUGUACCAAUUCGCCGGCAAAGAGGUACCGUUCCUUAUCCUCGCCUUCGUCUCCCUGAUCGACGGUUUCAUGCUCCUCAUCGUCAUGAAACCUUUAAAGACCCAAAUCAAGGAGUCGCAAGUGGCGAAACCACCUUCGGUGCCGAUAUGGAAACUCUUCAUGGAUCCCUACAUCGCCGUCUGUUCCGGUGCCCUGAUGAUGGCCAACGUGGCAUUAGCGUUUCUAGAGCCCACGAUAUCUCUGUGGAUGGAAGACAAUUUGACGACCGACAAUUGGAAAAUCGGCAUGGUGUGGUUGCCCGCGUUUAUACCCCACGUCUUAGGGGUGGUCUUGACGGUGAAGAUGGCCAAAAAGUAUCCCCACUACCAAUGGCUCAUGGCAGCCGCAGGGUUGGGAUUGGAAGGGCUGUGUUGCUUCAUGAUACCUUUCUCGACCAGUUACUUCGUCCUGAUGAUCCCGUUGUGCGGAAUAUGCUUCGGCGUCGCUCUCAUAGAUACCGCUUUGCUUCCCACCUUGGGUUAUCUGGUAGACGUGCGAUACGUGUCCGUUUACGGAAGCAUUUACGCGAUAGCGGACAUAUCUUACUCGGUGGCUUACGCAAUAGGGCCGAUUAUAGCCGGCGAGGUGGUCGAAGCGAUUGGCUUCACCGCAUUGAACGUCGGCAUAGCCCUGUCUAAUUUGGCUUACGUGCCCGUGUUGUCUUAUCUCAAACACAUCUAUGACUUUAAGCCAUUUGAGAACGAGGCCAACGUUUUAAUGGCGGACCCGCCGAAUAAGGAAUACCAAACGUACUCGAUGCAAGAGCAGAAAACUGUGGAACAAGACGUGCAGAAUCACCUCGAGUACAAGCAGCAAGAGACAAACUUCAACGACUACGGCGACAAUUAUCAGACUCCAUACCAAGCACAACCCAACCAGGUUUACCAGCAGCAAGGGUCCUACCAAAAUCAAACAUAUCAGAAUCAAGUGCCCGCUCCUAGACCUCAAGGACAAGGUCGAGUGCUGCCGCAACAACCUCAGCAACCUGUGAACCCAUUCAGACCGCAAGGUCCCGCGUCCACAGGAGGAAACCCGUUUAGGCAGGGGAUGUAAUGGGUUUUGUGUCUUUGGAACCUGUAAAAACGUGUAGUGUAAGUAAAUUCUUAUCUAAAGAUAUUUUCGAUUUGUCUUAUAGAUCCGCUUCAACGAUUUGAAGCGUUUUACUUUCCUUAGUGUUAUUUUUUCGAGGUUUUUUAAUAUAUAGAUGGUAUAUCAACUGAGAUCGCAUACAUAUCAGAAUCGAAUGAUUCAAAUUAUCUUACGAUGUACGUGAUAAUAGGUCAUAAGUUUAAAGUACAAGGAAAGUCCAUCUUUUGAGAGCCGAACCAUAUUUUAAGGAGUACUUGUAGAAGUAAGUUUAUUAAGCUAUAUAAAGCAAUGUAUCACGUAAGGUAAGAAUUCGAUUGGGUCUCGUUGUAACGUUAAAGUCUGAUUCAAUUGAUAACGUGUUUUCAGCAUUUCGUGAUAAAUUUGGGAAUAACUUGUGGUACAACAAAAUUAGCUAGGUCAAAUAAUGUAAAUAAUAUAAAAUAAGGGCGAGACAAACAUAAGUAAAACUUAAUUGUCUUCAUAAACAAAAAACUGUUGUAUUUAAGCAAUGUUUAAAUCCAUAUUGAAAAAUCGCCAUAAUAAUAAUAUUGUUUCAUUUUCAACAGCUUCAUCUUCAAACCCAAUUACGCAAAAGUCACAAAAUAAAACAAAACAAUAAAUGUCAGCGCUCUAAUUUUCACCUAAUCUCAUACUUGCCCAUAAACGUCAAAUGUCAAAAAAUUGAGAAAUAAAUUUAUCAUACUCAUGACCCUCCUUACAUUUAAAAACAGUGGGCAAGAAAAAAAUUGAUACCCUUGUUUCUAAGUUUCAAGGUUAAGAACAUAUUAACAGAGUACCAAAAAACAAACAAAAACGUUCCUUUGUCAAAUUAAAUAACAGAUAUAGAGUAUGAUGCAGAAAACUUCUCUAGAAUUUUUCAAGAUAUCGAAAUGAAACUGAUGUGAUGAUUGUUAUCAAUUGUAUAUUUACUUUGAUUUUUUAUGGGAACCAUCUUAAAAAUAUAUCCAAACUCAACUGGAAUCUAAAAGCCCAGGCGCAUAAAACUGCAUAACACAGCUAUUUGGUGCUCUCUCUAUAUACAGAGUAGCUCAUUACUAAGGCGUUCUCCAAAUAUAUGAAAAUUUGUACAAAAAUUUUAUAUCCAAAAGUUAUUUGCACAAUGAAUGAAAUGAAUUUAGUUUUCUUUUUUUUUUUUCAACUUUUUCCAUAACAAGUACCGUGUGGAGAUAAAAGAUAACAUCGAGAAAGUUAAAUGGGCAGCUGUCAAGGAGUCCCCAAAUUUAUCAGAAGAUACAGAUGGAGCGUGCACAUUUUUGUCCUGUAGCACUUAACGCAUAUCAUAAUAAGUGGACCUUAUUUUCCAGACAACUGAGAUCAAUUAUUAAGAACCUAAUUUUGUGGGUCAAUUCGGACCUAAAAAUUACGUUAGAAUAGAAUAAAACUUUAGGCUAUUUCGGUUAGAUCGAAGAAAAGUUAUUCUCCGCCUUGUGAUAUUCUACGACAAAAAGUGUCAAUUUCUCGUAAUUACCGGCGAAAAGAAAUUCUAGCAUAUCGAACGGUCAAUUUCCUGAUCAACUAACUAAUCGAUCUAACUACCCCGCGGAAUAUCAAAAAAUGGACUUUCUCACCUAGGUAAGGAUACCUAAGGCACCUAAGUGGCCCCUCGCCCCGUCAAAGUAAGCACAAAAUAGCUUUGCUACCGAAACAACUGAUUUUAUUUACACAUUUACAACGUUUGUGUACUAGAUAUAUUUUUCUCGCUAAUUUCGCAAUGGAUAUUAGAAUAAACUAGAAGACUCUUAGCGUCAAUUUGAUGAAUGUAUACCGCAUAUAAUCCACAGAGAAUUUAUUUUGCGCGUACGUGAGUUCUUAAGUAUUUUAGGAUGUAUUUUGCUCACUCACUUAAGAUAUUGUACAUAGUCGUAAGUUUAUAUUCACAGGGUUCAUCCAAAGUAGAACAAAUUCUGGUACGAAACCCAGUUUAGUUAUGAACUUGAACGUUUCUAUACUCCAGCUUUACCGGAAAUUUACAUAACCCAACCACAUUAAUCCAAUUUAUACUGAGAAUGGUUUGCCCAAUACCUUUAAUACAGGCUUAAGACUAGAAGCUAUUAUAAGAUAUGGUGUGGAACCGAGGCCCUAGGAAUUUAAAAUGCCAAAAAAUGAUUGAUCUGCUAUUUACUAAUUACAUGACCAAGAUACCGUUAGCCUAUGUGAGCCAGAGGAAAGUUUUUCUUUGACAAGUAACGGCUGUUCACAUCAUGAAAUGUAAUGAACUGUUUACAAAUCCUUUGUUAAUACUGUUAAUAUGUUUGAUAUGACUAUUAAAUUAGAUAUUCAUCAAUUAACCAGAAGCAAAUAACAAAGAAAGAAAACAAUUUAUAGCGUUGAAACCAAAGCAGAUUUAUAAAAUACGUUGGUCAAAUAGCGAGAGUACUAUAGGGAUUUAAAUAUAUGAAACAUACUUGAUCCAUAUUGUAACGAAAGGCAAAAGAUAAAUCCUGAUUUCAAUUAAAUAUUUAAUUGAUAUAAUUAUUGACUGCUUAGCAGGAUUCUUGUAAAAUUACAAGUCGUUGGUCCUAUAUUGGUCCAAGACCGAAGAUAAAGGUGCAAUAUUGGAGCAAGUUAAAAACAUGGGAGGUACAAUGGAUAAUACCUAUGGGUCCUAUUUGUUUUGUUACAGAUGUUCUACAUCGUAUAGCACUUAAAUUUGAAUUUGUAUAAUAGAAUUUUUCAGUUUAGGAAAAUAAGACGGAGAUUAAUUAUAAGAAUUAAAAAGAACACCUCGUUCCGAAAAAUGAAUAAGCUGUUUCCGAUUGUUUUAUUUGAACGCUUACUUAGGAGGCACACUGUACAUAACACCAUUUACUAACCAAUCAUAACUCCCAUAAAGUGCUUGCGCCAAAUUUUACCUCGCAUCAUCAAUUUCUGAACCAAACACAAACCUCACAAUCUGCAUUGAGAUUCGGCGAACCGCUAGAUUCCGGUACGGGUACUAUCUAGUAUGUGCUGGAGUAGGAUAGUGCGCGUUAGUAUAUAUUGGGAUUUAGUUUAAUAAUAAAGUCAAUCUAUUGAAUCUUAGCGGAAACCAGUGCUAUUAAGAUCAUGAUGCUUCUCUACUGACUCACAAAUUGGGUCCAACUUGAGCCAUACGUUUUAAUUGAUGACGCAAGGUGACACAUUUGGCGCAACUAUACAACUUUUUAUAACAAGGUUGUUGAGUUCAAAUCCAUGAGAUUUAAAGGAAAUCUAAAUUAAAUAUUAUCACAGUCAGUUACUAGUACAGCCCCCCUUGACAUAAAUAACGAACCAAUACGGUUCACAACAGCUUGGCCUGAUAGCAAUAAGCCCCGUAUCGACCAACCAACCACAAUUAAGUAGUACUAGCACUGUAACAUCGAUACUCCUUGUGAUGGUACGUCGUAUAGUAGGGUUCGGUAACCUACGCUUAACUUAUCCUUAGAAUAAUAACGAGUUGUAUAAACAGCGUUUAACCUAUCUGUUAUAGAUGUAAAAUAAACCACGUUGUGAAACUGUGUAGCUCGUAUAGUCUGGUAAAUGAGUUUAAAAUUAUGUGAUACAGCUCAUUCGAUUCGGAAUUAUGUCUAGAUCAUUUUGUGAAAAAAGUAGACUGGUAUAUUAAAAGCUCGAAAAGUUAUAAACAAUUAUAGAUGAUUAACACUAGUGUUAAGUUUUUCGCUUAUAGUUCGUAAGCUAAUAGUUUCUUUUUUAUUUUGAAAAAAGAUAUUUAUCAAUAAUUUUCAUAUAAUGUUGAAAAUUGCCGUCCGGUUGCCACAUUGAGGUUGCGCGCACGGAGUCGCAAAUUAGUAUUUCUUUUUGGGUAUAUAAAGUAGAUUUAAAUUUAAAAAAAAAAAAUGUAUAAUGUAUAACUUCAAAGAACUGAUUGGAAUUUUUCAUGAAAGUUAAUGAUAAUAUUAAAAUAAUUGUCAUAAAAUUUUAUCACCUAGUGGAGGCUUUAUUGUAUAGUGCUAUAAAAGCUUAAAUAAAUGUAAUACUUUGUUCAUAAUUAUUAUUUUAAGUUAACAAAAAAAUGAAAUUCACCGUAAUGUAUUUUUUUUUCAUUUCAAGAUAUUUAUUAACUGCAAAAAAAUUUGUUCCAUUUGUUAAUAAGUUUUUUAUAAACAAAUGGACUAUUUCAAUAUUUAAAAAUCACAUUACGACUUCAUGAAGAACUGUCAUUUAUGAAUUAAAAAAAUUGUUUUCAUAAUAAUCAUUUUUAAUUGUUUAUAAAUGUUUUUUUCAUGUAGCUAUUGUGUAAAUAAUUAGUUGGGUAAAAGUUGAAUUAAUCAUAAUUGACAGGUCUGUACAAAUUAACAAACAAACAAUUUUUUUCAUUGUUUAUUAUAUUAACAAUUUGUUGUAAACAAAUUGUGAAGUUUUCUUUUUUUUUUUCUUUCUUCUUUUAAGUGCUUCAAAAUACCGAAAAAAAUAUUAUUUCGAUUUUGUUUCAAAAUAUACGUAGUACAAAAGUUGAGUUCAAAAUUAAUAUAACUUUUAAACUGUUAGAGAGAGUAAGUAAAUAUCUGAAACGAGAAAAGUUCCGAAGAUUUUUGUAACAAAUUGUUAAUAUAAUAAACAAUGAAAUUGUUUAUGAAAUUGAGAAUAAUUUUUUUAUUAUUAAUUUGUGGAGAACUGUCAAUUAUGAUUAAAAAAAUAAUAUUGAAAUAGUACAUUUGUUUAUAAAAAACUUAUAAACAAAAGGAGCUAUCUUAUUUAGUUGACAAAUGAAAAAAAUUACAAGAUUACGGUGAAUUUUCUUUUUUUGGUAACUUAUAAUUAUAAAGUAUAAAAUUUAUUUAAACUUUUAUCACAGUAUCUUAUUAUAAGGGUAUAAAAGAAAAGCCACAUGAAGCCCGAAACAUUUUUGAUGGCUAUUAUUUAAAUUUAUUUUUUAAUUUGCAAUGAAGAAAGUCCCGGAAAAGUUGUUAUUAGUGGACUGGUACUUUUUUCGCACAAUGAUUUAGUCAUAAUUCCGAACCAAAUGAGCUAUAUCACAUAAUUUUAGUAAUAGCAUGUUCAAGUAACAUUAUUUUGAACUCAUUAACUAGACUAGUAUGUACAAUAUACUGUAAUCGUGCCCGGAUGGCUGUUAAAAUGUAUAUAAGGUAGUGUAACACAGCGAUUUCGACUUCUCGACACAAACACACCCAUUCUCUUUAAGAUCGGAAGGUAUUUUUUAAGAGCAGUGUUUUGGAAUUUAUGCGAGUUGCGUCAAACCCACUAGUACAGUCAUUCGAAUCUAAAACGAAAGCUUAUCUCGAGGAAAGUUUCAUAUAAUUCAUAUAAUUAUUGAUUUCACUCAUUAAUCAUUCAUUUCAUAUAAUCCUCUACACCACUGACAAAUAUCCUUGAUUACCCCGCUUAUUUGAUAGAAAAUUACAGUUACCAUAAACAAACACAAAAUACUGUAUACAUUUGAAUGUUACGUGGAUUAUCAUAUAACAAACCAAUGUAAAAUGCAGUUGAAAAAGUUUGAAUAAUUUUUUUCUCCUUUUAUAGCUGACCAUUUAAACUCGUUCUCAGUCCCUUUCAAAAACUUUAAUGGGUACUUUUCUCCACGUCUACCUCGUCCCCUAUUUCUUUUGGAGAUUUUCAGAAUUAAAUAUAUCGGCAUCUGUUAGAUCCUUGUUGAGAACGUCUUUCUAUCAUUCUCACCUGAAGACUUCUUUGUUUUCAAUUUGCUUGUUUUGCAUUCUUGCUUAGUCUGUGAAUCAAAUUUCAUAUUUUAAUAGUAGAAAUCUCAAAAUAAAAUCUGUUUCUCAAAAGGGAAUUUACGAGAUUGAAGAGCACAAUGCUGAAAUUCAGAGAGAUCUAUUUUGAUGACUGAAUUCUGCAAGUCAAGAAAUUUGUUUUUAAUCAAAAUUUUGGUAUUUGGUACCAGAUUUGGCCAGUUGGCCUGUAUAAGACGGAAAUUUAGUACGAAAAUAUUCCAAAUUUCGGAAAUGAAUGUUAAUGCUAAUUUGAUAACAAAAAUAAAUUUUAUAAUUUGCUGUUGUUCCUUUGGUCGAUCUUUGAUUAAGUUUGUCGGGUAUUGAUUGCAAAUAUGGCGUAAAACGUUGUUUGAGGUACAUCCGCGUAUUUUUAAUAAGUGGAAAAUAAGGUUACAUUUUGCUGAUAAGAAUGUUAUUAGUAAGUACUACUAUUCCAAAUAUCUAUAAACGAACCUAAUGGUGUACAGAUAAUUUUUGGGAAAUUUCUGUUCAAAACGUUACCUUAAUAUAAAUGUAUCAGUGUGCUUAAAAUAAGCAUAUACAAAGUGCGAACAAAGUCUAUCAAAAAUCAAAAUUGCAUUUUUACCGAAAAUUUGGAAAAAAAACAUACUCGGCCCAAUUUUUACAUCUUUAAACAGUUUUAUUGAAAGAAACUUUAAUGUUUCUAAUUAACCAGAGGACUAAUUUACGACAGAUGGUGCAUACGAUUCUGAUUUAGUAAGAAGACUUAUACAAAGCAUGAUAAAAUAAUAAUAAUUUCAUUGUUAUUUUAUUAUCAGAUGAAUCUAUGGAUAUUGAUUCGCAGACAAAUUAUCUUUAAAUAUCCGAAAUCGCUGACAAUUCCUUCCGAAACUAUUUGUUGGGUGUUAAUACCGCAGUAGCAAAUAUGGUGCCUAGUAGUUCUCUUAUGAAGAGACUAAACUCUUCUUUAAGGCGGAGGAGUAUAUUUUUUGAAUAACUCCUGCAAAAUUUCGGAAAAUAUCUCUUCCCUGUCUAGUUAAACGUUAAGUGUAUAUCUGCUUAAGAUACUUCUCUUCCAUCGUUGGCGACUUGUAAUAUAAUUACUGGAAGCUCUGUAAUUUACGUACGUUACUAUUUUACUAGCGUGUAGGUAUACUAUGUAUAUAACUUAGCCACUCAUUGGUCGUUUUUCGUUGGACUCAUAUAGAAUUCUAACUUCGUAGAUAUCGAUACGCGUACGGCUUCUGAGUUGAAAAGUUUAAAAAUCUAUCCGCUUUUAGAUAAAUAAAUAACAUUUCAUGUACUAUAUAAUCGUAAGUGUAAAUUUGCGUAAAUGGUAUCGGCAAGCGGGCAUUAUCUGCUACCAAUAUACCGAGUGUUUUAAAAUAACUUAACAGGUACACAAAUAAAACCACUAAUUAUACAUUAAAACAACCGCUGUAUUGAUAGAUCUACGAAAUCAGAUUGUUUACAAAAAUAUCAAUUAUUAUCAUUGUUACUGUUUAGCAAGUUAGGGUUAUCAAUUGUUUUGAGGACAUCAGAUAAUGGGUUCUCAUGUCGAUCACUGUAUUCUCGAAAUUUAUGAAUGGAUUAAACUAUUAAAAACACUGUUACUCA